AUGGUGAUCUGCAGUAGCAGCGAUCUUGCCGUGAAUGACGGGAUCUACAGUAACGACGAUUUGGCGGUGAAUGGUGGGGUUUUAGCCGGAUCUGAUGGCGCCGUAAUGGGCUUCUGCUUUUCACUUGUCCCAAACUCUACAGAGGAAAAAAAAGGAGGAAAUAGUGGUGAAUUUGCUCAAGAGUACCAGCAACGAUGGUGGAGAAAGGUUGCAAGGCCAGGAAAGAGGAGGUUGUCUCAAGGGAGUACACCAUUAAUCUGCACAAACGUCUCCAUGGAUGAACACUAUCCACUGGUGCCUCACGAUUUCUCAUCAUUCUCACGUCCGCCUGACCGCCGGCCGCCACGCCUCUGCUCUCCGGUCUCCCUCACUGAUACUGGCACUAGUCUCUCUCUCCGAGAAGAAGAACGCGUCACCGCUUUAUCCACUUGGGGUACGACAUCUUUGAAUGCGGCUGUGUCACUUGAUAAUUCUCUAGAUGAUAUGUACUUCUCACCUCCAAGACCUCUGCCUUGUGAUGCGGAUCCACGUGAAAAACUUGAUUUUUGCUACUUCAUUCACAGAAAAGAGUACAGCAGCUGUCAGAGUAGCGUUUCUCCUAGAAUCUUAUCUAGUGAAAUUCAUCCUAUUCUUCGAUCCAGUGGUCUUCAACAUUGGUUCAAAAAUUGGCAAAAAUUGAGAGAGAAGAAACUGACAGCAAGUACUUUUGCAAUGGCUAUUGGCUUUUGGCAUCACAGAAGAAUCCAAUUAUGGCUAGAGAAGCUUGGAGCAAUCGAGCCAUUCGCAGGUAAUUUGGCUACCUGUUGGAGCAACAUUAAGGAAGAGGAAGCUCUUGAAAGAUAUAAGUUGAUAACUGGAAAUACAGUAUCAUUUCCUGAAUUUCAGGUCUAUGGGAAGCAGAACCCAGAUGACAAUUGGCUAGCAGCUUCCCCUGAUGGGUCUGUUGACAGUCUUGUUUACGGCUUGUCUUCUCGCGGGGUUCUUGAGAUUAAAUGUCCAUUCUUUGAUGGUGAUAUGAGAAAGGCUACCCCUUGGAAACGAAUACCACUUUAUUAUAUCCCCCAAGCUCAAGGAUUGAUGGAAAUACUGGACCGAGAUUGGAUGGACCUGUACAUGUGGACUGUGAAUGGCAGUAGUUUGUUUAGGUUACACCGUAAUAGGGAUUAUUGGGAUGUCUUGAAGAUUGCAUUGUCUGAUUUCUGGUGGAAACAUGUCCAACCAGCGAAGGAGGAGUGCAAUAAAUCAGUUAUCACAAAUCCUCAAGUUCAACUAAAAUCACUUAAGCCAGCUCCUAAGCAUGAACUAUGCAGUUACAUUGUAUAUGAAAGCAAACGUGUUGUUGACUACUCGGAGCUGCUCAUGCGUGAAAUUCAUUUUAAAUUGCAAAACUGA